CUUACAUGUUAUUGCAUCGAUCGAGUAUUUGACAAAAAACUACCACAUUAGGGGUAUCCGUCCCACAGAACUACCACUUUCAAAAAAGUGACUAAUAACUACCGAAAAUUUCAAAUUUUGUGGCAAAAAACUACCAAGUCGUGUUGAUCGUCCAUUUAGCCGUUUUAACCGCUUAACUGACAGGGAUGGCCCACAUGGCAGGCCGACGGCGGCCCUAACGGCUAACGGACGCCCGCUCGCGGCCGUUAGUGGCCCGGCUCGGUCGGAACCAGCCAGGGGCUAGGUCAAAACGACCGACCGGCCGGCCGACCGAGCGAACCAUCAGUCACUCACUCCUCUCCCCGAGCUCUCUUCUUCCUCUGUUUCCUCCGGCGACUGCGACGCGGCGGCGCGAGGAUGCCUUCCUGGCCCAACAGCAACGAGACAUCCGACGCCGACGAUGACGAGUACAUGGAUGAGUACAGCAGCAUGCAAAUGGAGUAUUUUCAAACUCCUGACACGGUGAUAGAUCCAAGUUUCAGUGGGCUUGUGGUUGAAUCUGACCGUAAGUGCAUCCUGCACAGGCAGAGACCAGGCAGGUUUGUGGCAUUUGAAGGGACUGACACUGGAAGGAGAUUCAUUGGAUGUGCUACUACGGAUGGUGUGAACUGUGGUGUUCUGGAGUGGGUAGAUGCCCCUUGGCCAGUAAUCCUGCAGAGGUGUUUAACCAAGCUGUGGGAUAUGUAUCAUGAGGAGAACCUUGGUAGAGUCCAAGACAAAGAAGCUCAUGAGAUAGAGGUUGAGAAACUGAAGAAGGAGCUGGAUUCUCUUGCCAAUCAGUACAGUCAGCUUGUGGAUGAUGUAUCCAAGCUGUUUGAUUACCAGGAUGGGCAGAAAUCCCAUGACAUGGAUUACACAAGCCAGGCAAUCAAUGAACUUAAGGAGAAGAAGCAUCAGCUUGAGGAGCAGGCAAAGAUUGAGGUUCAAAUGGAGAAGCUUAAGCUGAAGAAAGAACAGAGGAAGGCCAUGAAGGAGAUACAAGUGGAGAGAGACCUCCUUAAAGAAGAGAAGAAGAAGCUGGAGCAUGUCAUUUCUGAGCUACUGAAGAUCAUUUUGGUUGUGGUGUGGGGUGCUGUUAUGGCCCUGAUCUAUUGCACAAACUUGGAGAUACAAGUGGAGAGAGACCUCCUUAAAGAAGAGAAGAAGAAGCUGGAGCAUGUCAUUUCUGAGCUACUGAAGGUUGGUCAUGGGUCCAAGGAAAAGCUGGACAAGAUCAAACAAGUUGUCAUGGAGGAGUGA